AUGAAUUUGUUGUGCUUAACAUUUGUGACUAUUAUUUUAAUAGGAUGGGUGAACACUUACACCAUCACGGGCCAACCAGAGGGUAGGAUUAUUGGCGGACAUACAGCAAAACCUCACAGCCAUCCUUACAUGGUGUCCUUACAGCUAAGGUUCUUAUGGAUAAGGGCACAUGUUUGUGGCGGUUCUCUACUCAGCGAUAGAUGGAUUUUGACAGCUGCACAUUGCGUCACCAGCUCGUUUCUACUACGUUGGUUGAACAUUGACGCAGUGGCCGGCGCACACGACGUUGACUAUUACGGACCCAAUGCUCAGGUGUCCAAGAUUAUUGAACGUGCCCCACAUCCGAAAUAUGGAGGAGGCAUUGGACCAUAUGACAUCGCUAUGCUCAAGACUGAAAACAUAAUUAUUUUCACUAAGCAAAUCCAGCCAAUAAACCUACCGAUGAAUGUGGACCUAACCAACCCUGAUCUUAUAUUGCCCGGAUGGGGGACGCUGAGGACUACGAUGUUUAUUCCAGAUCUUCCCAGCAAACUGCAGGAGUUGAAAGUGACCUAUGUCCCUUUUGAAAAGUGCACUGAACAAAUUGAGAAAUUAUUAGAAAAGAAUGAAGACAAUCCCUUGGAUAAAGAAGCUAAUAUAUGCACCGGUCCAUUAGGAGGUGGCACAGCUGCUUGCAGUGGUGAUUCUGGGGGACCUCUAGUUCUACAUUUACCAAAACCAAUAGUAAAAAAUAGUGAUACCGACAAAGCUUCUACUGAAGAAAACGAUGAUAUUAAGAAAAAUAUAAUUGAUAACACUUCAAAUGAUAAACAAGACUACACAUACUUCGUAAAGCAGUCUAAGGAAAACAAUAAUUUCACUCCUGUUGUCGUUGGCGUAGUUUCUUGGGGUAUUUCUCCGUGUGGCGAAAAGGGUGCACCCACAGUUUUUACCAAUGUGUCUCAAUACAUGGACUUUGUCAAUAAAUACAUACACACUUAA